AUGUCUCGCCCGAAUGACAUUGAAUUCUCCGUUACCGCACAACAAUUCUCCCCAUGUGUAAGUUUCGCGGAGAGCACCUCCCAGCCCGAUUCAUCUGCUGCCUUUGACUUCCUCCGAAAUACCAUCGCUUCUACUACUGUCGCCGCCGCCACCGCCACAACUGUUGGACAGGCUGGUCUCGGACAGUCUGCUCUGUUGACGACCGGUCUCCCACCGCCGACUGCUGACUGGCUUGACUGGAUGAAGAACCUCCAGGCCAGUGGAAAACUGUCCUUCCCUUUCGCAGCCUCCGCUGCCGUGACUUUGAAGCCUCCCGAAGCCCUGCUCUCAAUGGUACAACAACGCGCCUACCUGAAUCAGGCAGCAGCAUACUUCCCUCCCAGUCUUAUGAUCCCCCCAACAAUUACAAUGGAUACGAACUCCGAGACUAACGAAGACGACUUCACCAUGAACAGUCUGGUAAAGAAUUCCCUGUUGAAUAUGCACCUACUUGCCGGACAACUGCCCUUCUGGAGCCUGCCACCCACGUCACCACGACCGCCGACGACAACACCA